AUGCACGCGGGCGGGGAGCUGGGCAUCUCGGCGGGCGGCUCGCUGCUGCUGUGCGCCUCGCUGCUGGCAGUGGGCUGCGCGCUGGGCCUGCGCCUGGGCCGGGGGCAGGGGACGGCGGGGUUGCUCGCUUGGCUCUGCUUCAACGCCCUGGUGCAUUUCGCGCUGGAAGGCCCUUAUGUCUACUUGUCUAUGGUGGGAAACAUCACAGACUCAGAUGCCUUGAUCACUUCAUUGUGGAAAGAAUAUGGCAAAGCUGAUGCAAGAUGGCUUAAUUUUGAUCCAGCCAUCGUGUCUGUGGAAAUUCUGAUGGUCGUCCUGGGUGGGUCUCUGGCACUGGUCCUCAUUUAUGCCAUCGUCAAAGAGAAAUAUUAUCGGCAUUUCGUGCAGAUUACCCUGAGUGUGUGUGAAUUGUAUGGCGGGUGGAUGAUCUUCUGCCCAGACUGGCUUAUGGGAAGCCCCAACCUCAACACCAACAGUUGGCUCUACUUUUGGGUCUAUCUGGUAUUUUUGAAUGGUAUUUGGGUUCUGAUCCCAGGACUGUUACUGUGGCAGUCAUGGGUAGAACUCAAGAAAAUGCAUCACAAAGGAUCUAAUUCACGCAAAAAAUUUCAGUGA